AUUUAAGAGGAAAAAAAUACACAUAAGAGCGACCGGAGGGGGGGGGGGACACACACGGAUGUGCCUCCGAAAGCGAAGUGGAUACCGCCCUCCAGAUCUUAUUCAUGCCAAAAUUGAGAGGUCCACAGCAGAAGGGGGGAUGACAUGCAUGGGUCCGGUCUUCUAACACCGCUGACAACUCGCACACUAACUGGCUGCCCGCCCUCACGACAUGAUGGACAGACUGUACACAGGUCCUGUCUCGGCGGAGCGAGGGGGCGAGCUGGCCAUGGGAGGGGGUCGCAGCGAGACCUCGGUGCUGGGGGGUGCAGGAAGGGGGAGAGGAGCGACCACGACCCAAAAUUCCCAGCGGCCCAAUGCCUGUUGUUUCUGCUGGUGCUGCUGUUGCAGCUGCUCCUGGAAUGAAGAGGAGAGGAGGAGAAGAAGAAGAAGGAAGUCCCAGGACACCAACAUGGAAACCAUACCAAACUGUGAAGCUUGCACCAAACCCUCGGUGGAGGAGGUACAUCUGUGGUCCCAGUCCUUCGAGAAGCUGAUGAAGAACCCGGCGGGUCGGAACGUUUUCCGAGAGUUCCUGCGUACGGAGUACAGCGAAGAGAACAUGCUCUUCUGGCUGGCCUGCGAAGACCUCAAACAGGAAAUCAACAUGAGCAGAAUUGAGGAGAAGGCGCAUUCAAUCUACGAAGAUUACGUUUCCAUCUUGUCGCCUAAAGAGGUGAGCCUCGACUCUCGGGUUCGUGAGGUGAUCAACAGGAAGAUGCAGAGUCCCACGCCCCACACCUUCGAGGACGCCCAGCUGCAGAUCUACACACUGAUGCACAGAGACUCUUAUCCACGGUUCCUCUCCUCCAACUUCUACAAAUCGCUCGUUCACGGCGGCUCGCGCACCUCCUCCGAGUCCUAGAAGUGCUGCCUGCUCCUCUUCUCUCCUCUCAGUCCUGGACUUAGAGAAUAGAUGCCAAGACCUCCUGCUCAGCUCUCCUGCACACACUCCGCUCCUCAGAAUUGUAGACUUCCGAGAAUGUCGACAAGACAUGCCCUUACUCUUCUCCUCCUCCUCCAAAUCAUAGACCUCCACCUCUGCUCUCAACUUCUCCGCCCCUCACCUCCUCCUCCCUUAAUUCCAGAUUUCUCUGGGACUGGUGCCAACAUCUUCUUAUUUCUCACUGUGCCUCCUCUUCACUCCUCUUAAUCUUCUCUUUCUAAUCAAUUUCAAGUCUCCCCUCUCCUCUCCAGAGAAACCUGUACCUGAUUGCUCUCUCCUCCUUUCUUUCUUCUUUUAUUCCUCCCUCUCUCUCUCGCUCUCUCUUUCUAAUUUCCUCCGCUCCUUCAGCCUUUGUGUCUUUUUCAUCCGUCUACAGGGUUCUUGUGGAUGUUGAAAGUUUAGACAAGUCACAAAAUUAGCAAAUUGCUUUUUUUCCAGGCUUGAAAGGGUUAAAAGCAGAAAAACAAUCACUUUACUGAAGGGAGCAGGAAACUCAUUUUUAUUUUCAGUAUGCGGCCUUUUUUUUUUUACCUUAACAAUUGAUCCCUAGGUACUACCUAGGUGAUCGUUUUAGCUAGCCAAAACAAUAACUAGCACCACAAAACCACGAAAAAAAUAUGCCUUUCUUUUUGGCAUGGCCAUGGAAAAAGUUGGAACGGCGGCGUUGCAACAGAGGAAAAGAGGCCUUGACUAUUCUGUCCUUUCUCCUCUUCGCUUGUCUUUUCAAUUCCACCUUUAAUUCUGUCUCAAUCCCCUUCUCUGUCCUUGUUUCCCUUCUCUUCUUUCUCCUCACCGUCCUGUGCAUUCUGUUCAUUGGUACCACUCAACAAUCCUUCAGUCCCUCCCCUCCUUCUUCUCUCUCCUCCUCUCUGGCCAUCUGGUCAUCGUUCCUCACUUGUUUUUUUUUUCACCAAAAACGAUGCGGACCACCAAAAAAGGAGAAGGAGGCAUUUUGGGAUGCAUUAGUUUGGGAUACAGUGUAUUUCACAGAGGAAGUCAUACAUGAAUAUAUGUUAAUUUGGGAGAUUGCGUCUCAAAGGGGGAUACAGGUCUCCCCUGCCAUUGGAUUCUUACUGGUUUUGUUGCCAAUACCCCUCCCACUUCAACCAGCCACCUUGAGGAGCCAACUGAGAAGUGGGGAUCCUCCUGUCAAACCACAGCACUGACUCCGCCCCCAACCUAUUUGGCACCUCCCCCUUCCUUUAUGGCUGCCGUUAACGUACGUUUAUCCUCCCAGUCUCAACUGUACCGACAGACAGACAAACAGACCUCUGUUCCUCUUCUUCUCUUUCUCUCUUUCAACUGGACAACACAGGGUGCUCCCUCCAGCCAUUCCACACCGAUGCCAACACAGUUCCUGCUUUUUUUAAGUUUAUCAUUGUUUAUGUUUUCCUGAUUUCACAGCUCCUCUCUCUCUGUCUUUCAGUCAUUCCACCUUUGUGAAAACGACACUCCCACCUCCUUCCGACUACUGAUUUACAGACAUACAGAUGGACAGACAGAAGGAUGUCUAUUUUUUAAGAGAUAUGUAUGUGACACAUAUGAUAAUGUUGCUCGUGUUUUUUUUUUGUUUUUUUUUAAAUUAAUCGCCAUGCUGUCCUCCUGGACUUUAUCCAAAAAAGGAGAGGAUUCUUCUUAAACUGUAACGAUGCCCUUUCCCGCAACGCCAGAGACCCUGCAAUAAAACACUGGAGUUCUGAGAUAAAACACACACACAAACACACACAUACACACAUAUACACACACACACACACAUGCUAUGACAAGCUUACUUGUGUUACUGCACUUGUGGAAAUAUAGCCUUAAAUUCAAUCCUACAUCCACUUAAAAACAACAACAAAGAACAUUAUCUUGAUUUAAAGUUUAGGAGUCCUGAUAGUUAAACUGUUGUCUGUUCAUUAACCGAGAGGCUAACUGCCCGGCUUUUUAAAAAUAUACAUCAUUUGUUUUAAUUUUUGUGCUUAUAGUCUUUCUCUUUUUUUUUUUGAAGACUAGGUGUUUUGUCAAAGAAGGUUGAAUCAGUUUAUCUGGAUACAGUGACUCAACUAAGUGACAACUAUUUGCAACUAUAGUUGCAAAUAGUUGUCACUUAGUUGAGUCAUUCUUUGAAUCAGUUUAUCUGGAUACAGUGACUCAACUAGGUGUAGUUGCAAAUAGUUGUCAAUUAGUUGAGUCAUUGUAUCCAGAUGAACUGAUUUUCUUACCUGUAUUAUUGAGCAUGCAUAAAGGCUAGGUGUUUGGGUUUUGGAGGACAUGACACUUCUAACGGUUGCACUCAUUCUUAAGUAGAACCCUUUCUUAAUCCUCAGCCCUCAAAGGACCAUAUUUACUGAGUAAGGACAGGCUGAAAAAUAUUCUUGUUCCUCCAUUAAUCCUUGAUCUUACCAUAUCAAGACUCAAACUUUCUCUCACAGGUAUUGUAAUACAGGUGCACACAAACACAUGCGCGCGCACACACACACAUAAACACACACGCGCACACACACACACACACACCAGGGCGGCCUACCUGGGCACUGCUGCUGUUGACCUCUGCCUCUGUGACCUCUCACAUUUGACCUCACCACUGUUUGUCGGCGUCACGGUGGCCUGCUCAUGACUGGCCGCCUGAGGCCCCGGGACCGAGCCAUGGUUGGUCAAUUCAGGGAGGGGGGCAAGAGGAAAUCCCAGGUGCAAAAACAAAUUUUAUAAAUAUAUGUGUAUAUAUAUAUAUAUAUAUAUAUAUAUAUAUAUAUAUAUAUAUAUAUAUAUAUAUAUAGUGUGUAUAUAAAGAGAUAGAUUAUAACGAUUAUUAUGAGACAGGAUUGUUACACCCAGGACUUUGUGGGAAACGUAGUUUGAGGACAUCAGAAAUCUUUGUUAUUCUCCGAGGAGCAGGAGAAGACAAAAAUUUAUGAUGCCUAGGUCUUCAGCAGACUGGUCACUGAGAAUGCAUUUAUCUUAGUAUUGUUAAUGUUAUUUAUUUUAUAUUUUGUUAAAACUGUGAUUUUAAUUGUACAUAUAUAAACGGAAACCCUUGAACA